AUGGAACACACCAACUCGUGCUUCGACUCGCUGUCGAUAAGUCGAAACGACAGCCGCGAAAUCGCUCCAUCAGCACCUGGACCUUGGAGUUCGCUUGCGCAUCUCCUUCGCACAAAUCGCAAGCAAGCCGUCGGCGAAAUCGCUACAUCAGCACCUGGCUCUCUGGGUACGCUCAAGGCUCUGCCUCUUGAGCUCCGAUGGCAGAUCUACGAAGCGCUCCUCUCGACCCCACAUAUCAUCUUCAUAACCGACAAAAAAAAGCAUCAAGAGGAUCAAGGUAUUCUCAGAUUCCUUCUGCUAGUCAACAAAACAAUCCGGAAAGAAGUCCAGGACCUCCUUGCCAUACUCCCUGUCAGCUACAAGUGGUGCUUCUCUCCCAACAUCAAGGUCUCUUACGUCAAUCUCUUCAACCCGGAGGUCACCACCUUCCGCAUUAUCAACACUAAGAUCGACUACCAGCUGAAAAGAGACUGGACAGCCAAGUCGUUAUGGCAUAUGCUCCUCAUCCUCUUUCAUUGCGACUUGAAUGGCCAACUAGUAUUACGCCAUAAUCCCCGCACAGAUCAUUUAAUCGAUCGAUCCGAGCCAUCGGAUGAUCUUCUGUCGAUUAUGCUCCGUAGUAUCUUUUCCGACCCCUCUGACUACGCACCAAACUUUCGCCGCAUCCCCCUUGACUUGAGCAAUGACUUCAAUGCUGAGUUCGACCAGAACAUACUGGUCCCUACCAAAGAGUUCGUGCAAGUACAAUGCGGUCGAUAUGAACUCUCAACUGUUGCGCAUACCAUUUGCUUAUCAUCGUCAGAUGCAGGCUAG